AUGCCAACUUGUCCUCCCGCUCCAACAAUUCCGCCAAAAAAGUGCAUUUCCACGGGAGAUGUGAAACGAGCGGAAAACGGAGGCGGAUUACUCGAGCCUCAAUUAAGUCACAUGAAUGUCGGGCAGGAUGCCAGAUGGAGUAAAACCGCAAUGUGUCCCCCAUGCAAAGGAGUUUACACGUGGAUGAGUCCCCCAAAAGCUGUUUUAGGACAUCGGAAAAUUUCCAAACUUGCGGGAAGUCAGUUAAUGAGGAAAAUUGAUCGUUCGCCGUUUCUGCCGUACUUGGUGGCGCGUCGUGAGAUGUUAACGGUCCCGAAUCGGGCAUCGGAAGACCUUUUAGCUACGUUCGGCACGGAAAAUCUCGCCGUUUACGGUAACAAACCGAACGCCAUUGUGCGCCCCUUGCAACAUUCCCGCGAAAAAACACCCACGACGCCCGGCGAUGGUCUCGUGAUAACCGAUUUGGAGGCACAAGUCGUGCCAAAGUCCCCCGUUGACUUGCAAAUUAAUGGAACGCGCAUCGGAAUUGGCGCCGCAGACACGGAUUUCGCCAAAGAAGAGUUCUUUAGUCGACAACUGGACCAGAAAUUGCGACUUUUUGACUUUACCAAGGACUCGGCGAGGAGUUCGCGUGAUGAAUUGAGCAAAAAACCACUUUUUAUCACGACAGUACCGCGAGGUGUGUUCCUUCAGCCGACAAAAACUCUUCCGCCGCUUCCGAAAAAAAUUUACACAUUCUCCAGUAGACCAAAAGUAUUAGAAUUUCGUCGACAAACCAACUUAUUGUCCCUUGAGCCAAGUCGCAGUGUCUCUGCCGAGCGAAAAGCAGAUGAGGAACGUACCAAACGACAAAAAAGAGACAGUGCCGCCCAAGGAAUCAGCUUACAACAACAACAACAAACACAGCAACAAUUACAGAAUCAAUCGAAUUACCAAAAUGUCAUGCACGAUCGUCGAAUCAUCCGGGGGACGAAUUUUAAUCAUUUGAAUUCCUGGAAUCCGAAUUUCGGUAAUGCUGGUCUUCUAUCGGGGAAGGGAGAAGGCGAUACCACACAAAAAGAGUAUGAAACGAAGCGGCGUCUCAUGCUGCGGAACAAGCAGCUCAACCGAACAAACCGUAACGUGAUUGGAACUCCGCCGCCUUGCAAGGGACGCAAACAUGAAGUCAUUCAAACGGAAAAAUAUCUCGAAGAAUUAUUCGAUCGCCCGCCCGAACUCGAUGCCUGUUGUCAAACGGAUCUAUUUCUUCAACGUCCCCCGACUCCAAAAUACGUUCCCGGCAAAGUUGGCGUCGACGUUUGCACGGAAAUUGCUGAUGGCGAGUUAUUCGACUUUGAUUUGGAAGUGCAACCAAUUCUGGAAACGCUCGUGGGACGAACACUUGAACAAGCACUGAUCGAAGUGAUGCACGAAGAGGAACUUGCGGACCUAAAGGAACAACAGCAACGACUUUUGGCGAUACGAGAGAAGGAAGAAGCGGAAAUUCGUCGAUUGGAGGAGCAGGAAAGGAGAUUGACGGCGGAAAAAAAACGUCGAUUGGCGCAGGAAAAACUCACAAAAGAUCUCGACACGGAGAUGGAAGAACGUGUGACGGCAGCGAAAUUGCUUCAAGGACACAUUGCGGAUUUGUUGCCGGGCGUGUUAGAGGAUAUUGAACCACUGAAAGAGGCAGCGGAUCGUGACAAUUUGGAGGAACAACUUCGACCAUGGCUGGCACAAGAAGUUGCGGAAGAAAUUGGAAAUAUGAUUGAUUCGCGUGAUUUGUUGGAAGAAAUCGUUAAACAAGUCCUCAAACACCGUGCCGAGCUAUACACAAAUCUACAUCGUGCCCGUCAAGAAAAGGAAGAAAUGGAACAAAAAUCCAUAAAAGAAGAAAAAGACGAUGAUGUCGCGGAAAUUAAAGACGUUGAAGAAGCCGAAAACGUUGCUGAUCCUGAAAAAUCCCCAGAAAAUUAAAAUAAAAUGUUAAAAUAGAUUAAAAAUUAUUUUUGAA